UCCCGAGGAGAGUUGAAGUCAGGUUCCUUUUGGAUCCUGAAGCCUUUUUUAAAAGGGCAGGAGGUGGAGUUUUCCCUCUCUCCUCAUCUGCAGGCCUGAGUCGGCACACAGCGGCUGGGUGCUUCACCUCUCUGGUCUCUCCUCUGGUAACUCCACUCUGUCCAAGUUAAACCCCAUUUCUGCAACUUUCAAACAAAUCUUAAGUGAUAGAUCUUCCAUACAGCGAUGGAUCAGCACAAAUAUCGCACAGCCGGAGUGCAGGAGAAGCUGGAGAUCGUCGGGGUGGAGGACGCGGACGGGAACCCCAUCAGCGCCCUGACUAUACUGUCUCUGCUGGAGCGCGUGGCGGGCAUCAUCGAUAACGUCCAGUCCUGCCAGCAGCGCAUGGAGGACCGCCAGCUGGAGCUAGAGAACAACAUCAAGACCAUCCAGGGUGACGUGCUCAAACUGGCCAAAGACCACAACGAGACCAGUGGCACGGUGGAGAAGCUCCUGCAGAAGACCCGCAAGGUCAGCGCCAAUGUGAAGGAGGUCCGGUCGCGCGUCGAGAAGCAAAACGUUCGCGUCAAGAAGGUUGAAACCACGCAGGACGAGCUGCUCACCCGCAACAAGUUCAGAGUCGUCAUCUAUCAGGGUGAGACGGAGAUCCCAUCAGUCGCCGUCACAAAGUCUCCCAAAGGAACCGGCCUGGACGGGCUGGAGAUCGAGCCUGACUUGUAUGACAUCCCUGUCGACCUCUCCUCCGACGAGGAGUACCUGAGCUUGGAUGAGGCCGACCCGUCGAGAGCCGCACGCAUUAAGAAAUCAGUCGCAAAGAGCACGGAGACCCUGAAGGCCGCCUUCUCCAAGGAGAAGAUGAACAAGACCAAAGACAGCCUGGGCACCAAGUUCCACAACCUGGGAGAUAAGGUGAUGCCGCAAGAGCGCAGGGACAAGAUGCACCAAGCCGGCGAGCGGCUGAAACAGUCCGGCGAGCGGUUGAAGGAAAACAUCGCCAAGAAGGCUCCGAACAAAGAGACCUUCCGCAUCAAGCUGAAGAAGGAGAGAGCCGUCGCCGAGGGCCAGGAGGGCGCAGAGGCCGGGGCCGAGGCCGAGGCCCAGAGCGCAGAACCAGAGGAGCUCCCGGGGGUCGCCUACACUGAGGUAGCCAUGGAAUCCAAGAGGGAGGGGCCUGUGGAGGAGGCCGGCGCCACCCGGAUAGGGAAGUAGAUCAGACGACAUGUCAGUGAGGAGGAAGGACAUUGGAGAAAGGGUGUGAUCAGCUGGCAUCGAUGAAGAAGAUCUUUAUUUCAGGAGUGUAUUAAAACAGAAGAUGGUCUUGGGAUGGGUCUCCGCUCCGACACCAAAACUCAUCAGGAUAUAAACUGAUUACUUAUCAGCUCUUAUUCAGGGUCAGGUUACUUCCUGCUGACAAUACCACAAAUACAUUAAAACAACAAUGUGAGAAUCUGUA